AUGAGUACAGGCAUCAAACUUCCGCCCGCCACCCACCGCAAACGCACCGUCCCCCAGUCUGAUCUCGAAGCUGCCUCUACCUUAAAGCUCGGCGACGACCAAAACACGCAUACAUUGUCGCUCAGCGAGGCACGACUUGUCAUAAACAAGGUGCUGGAAAAUAAGAGGCGGAGUGGGAAGAAAUAUGACGAGCCUGAGAAUCUUACAAAAACGUUGGACUAUCUAGAAGUAUUCUCUCGAUUCAAGGAUGAGGAGAACAUCAAGGCGGUAGAGAGAUUACUCAAUUCGCACACAGAGUUGGAGAUGUUUGAGCGGUCGCAACUAGGAAGUCUAUGCUGCGACAACGCAGAAGAGGCAAAGUCUCUCAUCCCCAGUUUACAGAACAAAAUCUCGGAUAUCGAUUUGCAGGAAUUGCUGGAUGAGUUGACCAAGUUGCGGAAUUUUGUGGAGUAA